AUGAGCCGCCUGGUGGCGCCCGCCCUCUCCAUCCCCUCGCUGGGGCCCGGCUCCGGAACCUCCGGGGCCCGGGAAGCGCCCGGCUCCACUGCGCGCUUGGGCGCGCCAUUUUUGGGCGCGCCGGCCUCAAGCCAUGCGGCGAUAGCCGGUGUGCACGAGUUUCAGGCGCCCAAAGCCCCAGUGCUCCAAGCGGCGCCAGCUGCGCCGGAGGCGGAACUUCCGCGGAGGCUACAGGCGCCAAUGUUGGCUCCCCACCUGGCCCUCUCUGCCGACAGCGACUCCUCCCAUGACCUGCGAGCCCACUCCGCGCACGACGCGCACGCGCGGCCGUCCAUCGCUGGGUACCCCCCGGCGCCCUCAGGGUAUUCGCCAGGGCUGGGGUACUCAGAGCAGUCAGAGCCGAUGUCGGUGGGCUCUCUUGAGGAGUCGCAGUGGUUGGACGGCGACAUGGGCUCAGGCUCCGCCGGACACGGCCUGAACGGGGCACUGUCCACCUACGGGGCGCCGGCGGAGUGGUGGCACGACUCAAUCAUCCUGGGCCGGCUGAGCGCCCUGGCACUCCGCUACUUUGCCAACAAGGCGCUGCAGCGGCCCUGGGCGGCCUGGCGCCGCCUGCUGGAACUCGGCCGCCAGAAGCAGCGGGAGGUCUUGAAGCACCAGCUGCAGCUGGCACUGAGGCGCUGGCACAGGACCUCUGUGCUCCAUGGGCGGCGGCUUUCAACAAAGCUGCCGUUGCUGGGGGCCUUGCAGAAGAUUCUUCGAUCCCAUUUGGCGCCGGCGUGGGGGCGCUAUCGACAGGCAGUCUUUGUCCAGAGGGACGUGGACCGCCGGCUGCGGCUGCUGCACAUCAUUCGACGCAAGAUGAUGAACACCAUGGCGCAGGUACAUUACUGUCAGACCCUGCUGCGUUUGGGGCUUGCUGGCCUUUGGCUGGCUGCCAAGAGCAAGGAAGACGCGCCGCCUACGCCAGCCUCUCCGGAGGCUCCCUGCACCAGCUGUGCCUGCACCGGCUUUGCUUCAUACUUCGCAGUGCCCCGGACAUCAGGAGGCGGCGCAAACCGGAGCACUGUAGAAUUCGUGGUUUCCGUGGCGUGCACGUUCAGUCGUCAGCCGAGCUUGGCGACGCUGGUGGUUCGCCACACGUCGGGGACCUCGAGCUACGACCCAACCCCGAAGCUCUUCCUUCCACGGGAGAUUUGCCCGGAGGAUGCGCCGGAGGAACCUCUCAUCUCGCAGGUGACGCCAGAACGACGAUGGCCUCGCGUCCGGCUGGGGAUUGCUUCUCUUUGCAGCCUCCUCUGUGCAGCAUCACUGCUGCUUUGGGCAUACCCGCGGGCAGAUCGUGUGGCCAGGAGUGCGAGCGAUCCGAUUGAGGCCAUGGCGGCGUGGCAGGAGAUCCUGGAGACCUAUCCCCGGAACUCCUCCCAACAACUCGAGGAGUGGGAGCGGAUACCUGGCAUGGCGAAGGUCAUUGAGCACGCCAAGAGCCUCGAGCCGAAGAUCCCGCUGCGGGGCCUACAGGACCUGUACACUGGAUACUCCAACGGCUAUGAGGGCACCGAUGAGCUUCCCUGGGUCCGCACGGAGUGCGUCAUCGACACCGUUCAGGCGACCGCAUACCUGGUGCAGGCGGUGGUGUUUUUGUAUCGGGCCAUCGAUGAGACGGGGCUGAAGUGCGGGGACUCGGACUACGGCUGCGCCAUGACGGUCACGGGCUUCAUCGCCUCCCUGACCUGGGUGGGUUCCUAUCUGAGCCUCGCAGCCUCCGCUUGCGCGGAGGCGGUAAACUCCGACGCGCUCUGCGCGGCGGACUGGCUGGGGCUCACCACCGCCUUCGCCGAGAUCGCGCGCGCGGGGAGCUCCGUAGGUACCCACUGCAACUUCCCGUCCAAGGCAAAGCAGCUGCUGGGCUUUGAGACCUUGUCCACCACCUCCCGGCCCUACCAGAAGUUCUUCCCCGCCGCACAGCCCCCGAAAGCGGCGGACACCGCCUACGCCAUCAAGCUGCUGCACCAGGCAAACAGGGAGCGUGCUUUCGACAUCACCGCCUGCGUGGCGGAUAGUUUUAAUGCUGCCGGCUUCUUGGUGCGGGUGCUUCUGCAGGUCCGCGCCUCUGGCAAGGGCUGCCCUGAUCCCAGGAAAUGUGCCAUCGGCAUCUUGAACGUCAUCUCUUCCUUCUCGUGGAUUUCGCAGAUGUCGCUGCUUGCAGUGUCGGACUGCACGGAGGAGGGCUCGAAGAACGCCUUGUGCGGCGCCGACAUCUCCGCGUUGGUGGCGGCGAGCACCAUGGGCCCAGCUGCGGGCAUGGCCACCGUGUCAGCCCAGCAGCCGCCUUCGGCUUUGGCAAUGCCUUCGAUUUAG